AUGACGGUCGAGAGAUCGAGCUUGGGAGUGAAGAAAGUGAUUGUGGGAAUAAGAUUAGACGAUCAUGCUAAAGAGUUGCUUGAUUGGGCACUUGUCAAGGUUGCUGAUUCUGGAGAUAGUGUUGUGGCUAUUCAUGUUUGUCGAAAUUCGGUUGCAGAUUCGGUUUCGAAGGAGAAAAUUAUGUUGGAUGGUUACUUGGAAGACUAUGAAGGUCUAUGCAGUGAAAAACAGGUUGCUCUUAGUGUUUCAGUGUUGAAAGGAAAUUCGAUCAGAAAAAUGUUGGUGAGAGAGGCAAAGAACCAUUCUGCUUCGGCUGUUAUUUUGGGGAUAGCUAAGCAUGGUAGCUUAAGGAGAUGGACUUCGAUUGCAAAGUAUUGUGCAAAGAGACUCCCUCAAACUACUGAAGUUAUGGCGAUAAAAAACGGGAAGAUUGUCCUUAGCCGGUGUUUGAAAACCAAAUCAGAAGGUCAUUGUUCAGAUCCAAAACCGAGCUUUUAUUUAAACGGAAACUUCACACCCAAGAACAAUCAUUCCGAGUUUGGAGAAUCUGAAUCAGAAAUGAGCAGAUUCAGUUUUGAUGGAAACUCGAGUAACAUAAUGAUCGAGGAUGUUCAUGUUCUGAUUCCUAAUGUCCAAAGACAACAAAAGAGAGGUUCUUUAAGUUCGAUUUCACUUCCAGCUGAGGAUUUCACGAAGCAGAGGCCCGGCUGGCCUCUUCUUCAGACAGCCAGUUCAUUAACUCAAGAAGCACUCGAAGCAAGAAAACUGCCACUAGUGAAGUGGGUUAUGACAUUGCCACACAGAUCUUUGCCGGAUAUUGCUGAAACAAAUCCCAAUGCAGCUUGUAAAACCGAGCUGCAUAAAGAUUUGGAAACUGUACUCUCAAAAAAUUCUGCAGGAUGCAAAGUGUUCAGCUAUGAUGUGCUUAAAAUUUCAACCUCAGAAUUCUCAUCAGGAAAUCUUAUUGGGAAAGGAGGCUGUAAUUUUGUGUACAAGGGCAUUCUUCCUGAGGGCAAACCAGUUGCGGUUAAAAUUUCUGAAUCGUCAUCAAAAGAAGCAUGGAAAAAUUUUAUCCUGGAGGUUGACAUAAUGACUACACUGAAGCACAACAAAAUUGCACCUUUGAUUGGAAUUUGCGUAAAAGAUAAUGAUCUAAUCUCGGUGUACGAUUUCAUGUCGAAGGGAAGUUUGGAAGAGAAUCUACAUGGUACGUGUAAGGAAAAAACAUUACUCUCUUGGGAAGCAAGAUUUAAAAUAGCUGUUGAGAUUGCUGAAGCUCUUAACUAUGUACAUAACGAAUGCCCAAGGCCGGUUAUUCAUAGAGACGUUAAGUCUUCGAAUAUUCUCCUAACUGAUGAACUUGAACCACUGUUAUGUGACUUUGGAUUGGCGAUAUGGGCACCUACUAAAGCUUCUUUUGUGAUGGAUACUAACGUAGUAGGAACAUUUGGCUAUCUCGCUCCCGAGUAUUUCAUGUACGGUAAAGUUAGCGACAAAAUUGAUGUUUAUGCUUUUGGUGUGAUUCUACUAGAAUUGCUCUCGGGCAAGAAACCUAUUGGUUUAGAGACAGACAAGGGUCAAGAAAGCUUAGUCAUGUGGGCUAAACCUAAACUAGAAAACAGAGAUUUUAAGAGCAUAUUGGACCCAAAUUUGGAUGGAAACAUCGAUGAAGCUCAAAUGCAAAGAAUGGCUCAAGCUGCAGCAUUUUGUCUUGCUCAAUCUUCGAGGCUUCGCCCCAAAAUGUCCCAGAUUCUUACUGUACUUAAAGGUGAAAAAAACUACGAGGAUGAAGAAAACGAGGAUGAUGAUUAUUAUAAUGAUGAUGAAGUGUAUCCCGACUCGAGUGCAGAAUCCCAUCUGGGCCUUGCUUUGUUUGAUGUCAAUUUUGAUAGCUCGAAUUCGUUCAGUAGCAUUGAUCAAAACAGCCUUCUUUCUGUCGAAGCUUAUUUGCAGAAAAGAUGGAGUAGAAUUUCGAGUAUAGAUUAG